AUGGAUGAUCCCAACUCGGUCAAAAUAAGCCCCCCUGGAAACAUAACCCAGCUGUUAGGUUCCCUUCUGACUCUCACCUGCAACGCUGACUCGAUUCCUGCACCACGUUACAGCUGGUUUUUCAAUAACACCAAUGUGAAUGUGACCAGCAGUAACUUGACCAUUAAUUUGACAUCCUGGGGAAGUGAAGGGGAGUAUAAAUGCUGUGUGUACAACCCUGAAACCGACAUCACGUACUCGGCUUCUGUAACUGUGAAGAUCACAACAGCAAAAGAAACUUCGACUCAUUUGAUGCUUCCUAGGAAAGUCAUUGCUGGUAUCGUGAUUGGCUUGGUGGCUGGAAUAAUUUUGAUUGUUACCCUGCUGUGCUAUUUCUGUGCCCGUGCUUGGAGGAAGAAGCCGCCACCACCGCCAAUGUCAAUCCCAUCCUUGUAUGUGGAGUUGCCCCCAGCCCAAUCAGCGGGGUCCUCAAGCAAGCCUGAGAAUCCCGACGACUCCAGCAUCACAUACCAGGAGCUGCAGUAUGGAGAUGAGUCUCUGUAUCAAGAGCUGGAGAAGUGAACAAGAUCUUCAGCGAGCAGAGAAUUACAGUAAUGGAUUCAGCUUCUUCUAGGCAACCCUUAAUUCAGUUCUUCCACUCUGCAAGGGAUAAAAUAUUCAACCUGGCCUUAGAAAAAGCCAUUCCUAAUUUAACAUGGAUUAGAUAUACCUUACAUAAUUGAAUGUAGUGUAAGUAGUAGGGAAGAUAUAUUUCGUAUGCAUAUAACACCACACCUAAAGGAGUAGCAGUGGCUACUGGUUAUAUUAUUAUUAUUAUUAUUAUUAUUAUUAUUAUUAUUAUUAUUAUUAUUAUUAUUAUUAUCCAGGCCAGGU